UGCAGAUUGGUUUAUAAAUGGAAGUGAAAGUGAUUUUCUUUAAAAAUCUUUUGGGUCCAUUUCACGAAGGAUGGUUAAUUCUAAGGAACUCCUUGGAGAAACCUUCACACACUUUCGCAUAUUUUAAUCGUGGUCAAAUGAAAGCCAUGGGUUUCUACAUGAGCGCUGAAAAGCGUCAUCAGCCUUUGAUGGUGGCCUGGCAUUAUUUUUUCUUGUUUCAGAUAACAAUUAGUUUGGCAUCCUUGGGCUAUGGUAUAUUGGAGUCCCUUGACGACAUUGUGCGCUUGGGUCAGGAUAUGGCCUAUACUAUAUCAGUGCGACAAAUCAACGUUAACCUAAUUACUUACUUUAUAAAAAAUUUCCUUAUUUCAGACUUUUUACAUAUACUUUAAAAUGGUAUGGUUUACCAUUUAUGCGGAUGAUAUCGACGAGGUAAUUGAAAGCCUGGAGAAGUGCAAUCGACGGGAAAGAAAAGGUCCUGGUCUGGAGGAUAUCCGAUAUAUGAAACGAUGGAUAUUUUUGUUGCUUUCUGGCCUAAUGGCACUGUGGUUAUUUCUGAUUGUUUCUUUCAUCAUGAUAAUGAUCUCGGCACCUUUUUGGUUGGAAUCCCAAAAUCUACCAUUCCACGUGGCCUAUCCAUUUGAUUUGCACGAUCCAUCCAAGCAUCCGAUAUGUCAUAUCAUUAUUUUUGUUUCUCAAAGUUGCAUUAUGCUGUACGCGUUGAUUUGGACACUAUUUGCCGAACAACUGUCUGUUACCAUAUAUUCCGAAUUGACUUCUGACCUGAAGACCCUUUGUAUGGAGCUACGUAUUGUUCAAGAACGUUGUAAUGGAAAUGCCAGUCUGUUGGCCGACGAAGUAUAUGAUUUUGCCAAGUUCCACCAGCGGAUUAUCAGCAUUACUGACCGUUCAAAUGAGGUCUUCAAUGGAGCCUUUACCAUGCAACUGAUCGUCAAUUUCUUACUAAUUUCGCUGUCGGUCUUCGAAGCCAUGGUUUUUUGGCACGACCCUAAAGUAGCAGCUGAGUACUUGGUUCUGAUGGUAAUGGCCUUAAGCCACCUAUCGUACUGGUCAAAAUUCGGAGAUAUGUUGACUCAGGAGUCCCUGGAAGUGGCAGUGGCUGCAUACGAAGCCUAUGAUCCUACUUACGGUUUCAGAAGCACCCACACGAUCAUCUGGCUUAUUAUCCAAAGGGCCCAAACACCUUUAUCCGUUAAAUGCAGACUCUUUCCGCCUUUCAAUUUGGAAAACAACUUGGCUGUUUUAAAACAGUGCUAUGGAAUCUUUAACUUUUUGCUAAAAACUAUGAAAUAGAUAACCCGCAAUUAUUAUUAUAGUAUUAAACUUGGACUACAAAAUUUUAAAUAUUGAA